AUGGACUUCCAAAUACUCUAUGGGGCCUACGUCAGACCACUCCUCAAAUGCGCCAACCACGUUGUCUACUCGGGAGGCACGAAAUACGUCGCCCUCAUUGAGUGUGUCCAGCGAGCCGCCACGGGGAUGGUUGCCGGCCCCAAAUCCGUAAACUACGAAACGCGUCUCGCGAUUCUCGAUCUCUUUCUCCUGGUGUACCGUCGCCUCCAAGAAGACCUAAUUCUUACUUAUACCCUGUUUGAACAAAGCUUGGCAAACAGGAUUUUACCAUUGACCCAGCAAACACAAGGCGGGGACAUAGAGGACGUUUGCUGUUCACCAACCGGACUAAUAUACGGUACAACUUUACGUUUACCUGGUGAACUGUAUUCUCUUUCAGGCACAGAGCCCAACUCACCCGUCACAUUCGUCACCCGUCUCAGGCAGCAUAUAGCUGAAAUUCGAGCGACGCCGAAAAGACGAUCAAAACAAAGACAGCACAUCUCAGCAGAUCAGUCUUCUAGACCAUUUGUAUUUGUCCAACAUGACUGA